AUGAAGGAAGAUAACUAUGUAGUAAAAGCAGGUAUAGAUAUAUCAGAAUCUAUCAUUAUAACACAUAAACUUGACAUCGACUAUUUAAAAGAAGAGAACUAUUACCUCAAAUGCAAUUUACAAGUAAAUGUUGAAAAGCUUAAUGAUGCACUUAAAAGUGUAGAUAUGA